ACAGACAGACUGAGUGAUUGAGCUUAGUAAAAUAAAAACGGAAAACAAACUUCAUACCGGAAGAGGCUACAAAAUCCUUCAUGUUCUAGUAAUUGACGGUCAAAAAAAGGGGGACUAUCAAAGAUUGAUUUGCUCGGUUUUAAUGGUGGAGCUUUCAUUGGGAAGUUUUAGAGUUUGUUAGAUAGAACUAGGGCUUUAGAACAGAAAAACUCCGCCCUUGGUGGCUGUGUCUUGAAUUUAUUAUCUGUUUUACAGUCAAUGAUAUCUGAUUAUCUCUAAAGAUAUUUCAAAAGUUGCCAGUCACGUGCUUGCAAUGGCAGACGAUUUCCUCCACUAAAUGACGUCAUACGGUCUUUUCACCCGCUGAACAUCAGCCACGAAUUAAGAAAUAAACAAAUAUUUGAGUGUCUUAGCUCCUUCGUCUGUCUCCACCCUUAGUAGCGUUUUUAUUUCAGCGCAUUUGUUUAUCAUAGUGUGAUCAUUUCAAGGUUCAUGACUCUUUAAUAAGUCUUGGCUUAUCAGUCAUGACCCAACACACACACACACAUACAUCUAACGUGCAGCCACUUCAGUUUGUUGACAGAAACACAAAUCUGAAGGUUCACAGUACAUUAUAUAAUCAGUCUGAAAGAAGAGAUUCGAUUCUCUUUUCUUGAGGAAAACAAAAUUAUUCAGUUUUGUAGUAUUAUUGGUCUCUAGAGUUAGAAGAAAAAGUCUAUAACUUGAUGCAACAAAGUUCAUUAAAACCAUACACCCCAUUUUUUAAAAAUGGUUUUCUUCUUGACUAAAUGUCGUAAGCCUGGCUAGCUUACAGUAUAUUCAAAUCAUACAAUGGAACCAGUUUCGGAAUCUCGGAACUUGGUGUCCAAGAAUAAGACAGGUGGCUAUCAAACUAUUGCAGAGUUUCAGCCAGCUCUAACCACAGAAUCCGGGAAAGAGUCUCAUCCCAUCUUCGGUCCGGGCCUUAUCGUGCCUAGUCUGGGCAGCAAGGGGAACAUUGUCAAGGGCGUAAACGAGAAACAGAUCUCCGGGGAACUUUCUCCGACUUUGAAGAGAAGUGGCUCCAACAGAAGGCGGCGUUCGCUGACCAACAGCAGGAGGCACUCUUUUGUGUCCAGUGGUUCCAGAAGAAACUCCGCCAGCUUCGCCGGUGACAGCAGCAUUGACCGAUGGCCGCUGACUUUAGUAACAUUGGUGACAGUGUUUGUGAGCAGUGCUUCUCGAGUGUACAGUCUAGUGAUAGACCAGUAUUUGUACAGUGUGUAUGCUAAAGAUAUAUUUGGAGAUAGAAUCAUAGACACCAGCAGUGAGCCAUGUCUAAACACGUCAGACAGCAAUCCCAAUGCCAGCUCAGACAAAGCCCUGGUCACCGAGGUCCAGGACAGGACAUCCAACAUGCACCUCUACCUAGACGUCAUCUCCUACAGCCUGGGAAUGCUGUCCAACAUGGCGCUGGGGACGGUGGCCGCCCUUAUCAGCCGGAAGCUGCUGCUGGUCAUUCCCACCCUGGGCUUCUUUCUGAAAUGCGCCAUGCUAAGCGUCGUGGUCUACUGGGAGCUGGGCCUCCAGUGGUUGUACCUGUCCUACGCUGUGGAUGGACUGUGCGGCAAUGUGAUUGGUAUACUGAUGGGUUCAUUUCUAUACACUGCUGAUAUUACUUCGCGCGACAAGAAAAGAACGCUGGGUGUCGCCAUCGUGGAGGCUGCUAAGGGGAUCAUUAGCGGAGGAGUCUACGUGGCUGCUGGUCAGCUCAUUGAGCGCUCUGGUUACAUUGUCCCAUCGCUGGUGGCCUGUGGUCUACAACUCAUAGCAAUUGUGCUGGUGUUGAUUCUACCUAAUCGUAAACCAAAAGAUCUAGAGAACAAGAAAAAAACCUGGACACUCAAAGGUGCUCUGGAGGAAAUUCUCUCCCCUUUCAUUCUGCCUGAAAGCAUUCGGCUGAGGAAAUUGUCUACCUUGGCGGCCAUUUCUUUUCUUGUUUUAAUGCUAGCUCGCUCAGGGGUCGACAAGAUUCGCAACCUCUAUCUAAUGAACAUGCCAUUCUGUUUCGGCGCCAUCACCAUCGGAUGGUUCUUGUUUGCCAGGGAGGUUGGACAGUACGCCGCCACGGUGAUCGCCGUGGCCCUGGCCUAUCGCUGGCUUCCUGGGUUUGGACUGGCCAUCCUCGGCGUCGUCUCAAACAUGGCGGCUUUCCUAAUGUACGCCUUUGCACAGACGGACUGGCAAAUAUAUUUAGCACCUGUCUUGGGCUUGGCAGAAAAUCUGUCGUUCACGAUGAUUAGAGGGGAAGGUUCAAGGUUAUUGGGACCAGAAUAUCAAGGUCCAUGGUUUGCCAGUCUGUCAGUGGUGGACAGCAUCAGUCUGGCCCUCAGUCCGCCAGUCUUUAUUCCCAUCUACACGGCCACACUGGAAACUUUCACUGGAUCCGUUUUUGUUGGCUGCGCGGCACUGCUGGUUGUUGUUGUCGUCUUGAUGGUAAUUUAUCAAGUUCUUUGGAUUCGGCACAUGCGUGAUGUGAUGUAUAACACUCUCGAGAUAGUGAAAGAAGAAGACGAACACGACAACAAAGAUGAUUUUAACGAGAAAACAAAGCUGACACAUCAUUUAGUGAAAACUUCAUUGUAAACACAUCAUUUUAUUGAACAGAGCAAAGCCAGCAUGUCUAGGCUACGUUGGUCUGAUGGCGUUGGAAUUGGUUGGAGGUAUGAACUACUCUCUCCUGGUAGCAAUGUUUUAUGUUGGUUAUUGUUAUGUCGGAAUAUAAUCAGUCAGUUAUACGGGUAUUGUGAUAGUUUCAUUAUAUGAAUAAAUGAAUGGAGACACCUU